AUGGCUCCGCACGUCAAAAGAGUAAAGAAUAUUUCUAUCUCCCGCCCAAUAAUCUACGGGAAUACCGCCUCGCCAUUCGAUGCCACCAACAAACCUUCGUCAGUUCCUUCUGACCAUACACAUUCCUGGACAGUAUUUGUCCGUGAUCCCACCAAAUCGCAGGAUUUAUCCAUGAUCAAAAAAGUGGUAUUCAAGCUCCAUGAUACCAUUCGUAACCCAUUGAGAACCAUUGAAUCCCCGCCGUUUGAAAUCACUGAGACCGGAUGGGGGGAGUUCGAAGUGAUCAUCAAGAUUUUUUUCCAACCAGAAUCAAAUGAAAAACCGGUCCAGUUUUACCAUCAUUUGAAACUACAUCCUUAUAAUCCCCAAGUUGGGGAGUCUGGAGGUACGGUGCCUGUAGGGUCUGGUUCAGGAGUGGUGAAUCCAGAUGGAACGGUGGAGUCGGUUCUAUACGAUGAAUUGAUGUUCAAUGAACCAACAGAGGAUUUCUUUAAGAUAUUGACUAACAAGCCAGGCCAUUUACUAAACUCCAAAAAGACUACGGAGUUAGUAUACAGUGAUGAAUUAGAACAAGAAGAACUAUUCAGGAUCAAUAACGCAUUAGGAGAAGUUCAGGAACAGAUAUUGAGUGCAAGAAAGAAAAUUCAAGAAUUGGAAUUCACUAACAAACAGAGAAUUCAACAACAACAAGAACAGGAAAAAGAACAGGAACACAAACAAGAGCAAGAAAAUGAUGAUGAGAACGUAGACUCAGAAUAA